CGGUAAGACCAACUGGAAGUGGAACGCGGGCCAGAUUUGACGUUUGAAAAACACCAUAAAGGAGAAAUUGUGAAGUACAUCCUGAAUAUAGAUAUGAAGUUACAUUUCGGAAGUGUUUCAGACCCAUAGCCGCACGUUUCCUUUAGGUGUCUGUUCCUCUUGAAUUCACAAUGAAGAGAGGGGCAGAAGCAUCAGACGAGCCUCUGAAGAAGAGGAAAACUCUUCGUGAGGACUCUUCUGAUGAAGAUGAACAGUCUUCUCAAAGAACCACCAGUCAGGACUCGAGUCCGAGCGAGUCUACUAGUGAUGUUGAGGAUCACAAGCCCAGUUUCUCCAGACACUCUGAUUCUCAGAAUAAAGAGAGCAGCGAUGCACCGAAUCAAAGCUCCUCCAAAUUUUCAAUGUACAACAGCGUCUCGCAGAAACUCAUGGCUAAAAUGGGUUUCAGAGUGGGUGAGGGUCUUGGGAAGUUCGGUCAAGGGCGGAAAGAGAUUAUAGAGGCCUCGACCCAGCGAGGGAGGCGUGGUUUGGGUCUAACCUUGAAGGGCUUCCAGGGCGACCUCAAUGUAGACUGGCAAGAUGAGCCGGAGCCAAGUGCUGUAGAACAGGUGUCGUGGUUUCCAGAAAGCACUACAGAGAUCCCAGAUGCAGAUGAGCUGAGGGACUGGAUGGCUGUGGGACAGAAAAAACUAAAGAUUGAAGAUGAAACUGAAUUUUGCUCUGAGAAUCUACUGCAUCUCCUGCUCCGCUGUAAGUCUGUUUUUGAUGACUUGGAAAGCGAGGAGAUGAGGAGAGCUCGUACUCGAUCCAAUCCUUAUGAAACUAUACGAGGAGCUUUCUUUCUCAACAGAGCUGCUAUGAAGAUGGCAAACAUGGAUCAUGUUUUUGACUAUAUUUUCACUAACCCAAAGGACUCUCAAGGGAAGCCACAGACACGUGAUAAGGAGGGUGAGUUGUUGUAUUUUGGAGACGUGUGUGCGGGUCCAGGCGGAUUCUCAGAGUAUGUCUUGUGGCGGCGACGCUGGCAUGCGAAAGGUUUUGGGAUGACUCUUAAAGGUGCCAACGAUUUCAAACUGGAGGAUUUUUAUGCGGCUCCCAGUGAGCUGUUCGAGCCCUAUUACGGUGAGGGUGGGAUUGAUGGAGAUGGUGACAUCACUCUGCCGGAGAACAUCAGCGCGUUUCGUAAUUUUGUCCUAGACAGCACUGAAGGGCGGGGCUUGCACUUCCUAAUGGCUGAUGGAGGUUUUUCUGUGGAGGGGCAGGAGAACAUUCAAGAGAUUCUGAGUAAACAACUCCUGCUCUGCCAGUUCCUCACCGCCAUGUCUAACCUCAGGCUAGGAGGUCAUUUUGUUUGUAAAACCUUUGACCUGUUCACCCCCUUCAGUGUGGGCUUGAUUUAUCUGCUGUACCUCUGCUUCGAGAGGGUCUCUCUCUUCAAACCUGUCACUAGCCGACCUGCCAAUUCAGAGAGGUAUGUGGUCUGCAAAUGUUUAAAGCCUGGCUCUGAUGCCGUCAGAAACUACAUGUUCGCCAUCAACCAGAAACUGAAUCAGUUCAAACACUCAGACAGAGACGUUACUGAAGUCGUCCCUCUAGAUAUCAUUAAAGGAGACACUGACUUCUUCCAAUACAUGAUCAACUCCAAUGAAAGCCAUUGUGUGGUACAGAUCAAAGCGUUGUCGAAGAUCCACGCGUACGUCAGAGAUACGACUCUAUCUGAGCCCAGACAAGCAGAUAUCCGAAAAGAAUGUCUGAAACUUUGGGGGAUUCCUGAUAAAGCCAGGGUCACUCAUUCAUCGUCAGAUCCAAAAUCAAAAUUCUAUGAGCUUUUGAAGGGGUCAAAUAUGGACAGUUUUAACUCUAGACCGACUGCACUGAGCUCAGGAAAUCUUGAUAAACUACAGCAUGUCCUGGACUACAGGUGCAUUGUGGGAGGAGGCGAACAGCUCUUUCUCCUUGGACUUGGGAGAUCUCAAAUCUACUUGUGGGAUGGCAAAGCCCCCUUACGCUGGAAGAAACUGGAGAAUUUUAAACUGGAGCUGCCCAGAGACACACUACUGAGUGUAGAGAUUGUCCAAGAGCUGAAGGGAGAGGGUAAAGCUCAGAGAAGGAUCAAUGCUGUUCACAUUUUGGAUGCCCUUGUACUCAACGGCACUGACGUCAGAGAACAGCACUUCAACCAGAGAGUCCAGAUGGCAGAGAAGUUUGUGAAAGCAGUGUCCAAACCCAGCAGACCAGACAUGAACCCGAUCCGAGUGAAGGAGGUCUAUAGGUUAGAGGAGAUGGAGAAGAUCUUUGUGAGGUUGGAGAUGAAGAUAACUAAGAGUUCAGGGGGGAUGCCAAGACUGUCUUACACGGGCAGAGAUGACCGUCACUUCCUUCCCAGCGGCCUUUAUAUCAUCAAAACAGUCAACGACCCAUGGACAAUGGCAUUCAGCAAGAGUUCUAAAAGGAAGUUCUUCUACAAUAAGCAGAGCAAAGAAUCAACUUAUGAUCUGCCGCCCAGUUCUGUGGCACCUUUCCAUGCAUGUCAUCAGGACAGACUGUUUUGGGCAUGGGAGGAAGGCGUCAGAGUUCACGACUCACAGACGCGAAUCAACCCAGACAAACUUUCUAAAGACGACGUCCUCUCCUUUAUCCAUCAGCACUGUCAACAAUAAAACACACAAAUGCACACACCUCACAAACAUAGCAUAGACUGUACAUUCUCCUCACCACCAGGGGACACUGUAGCUUUGUCAAGAAUCAGCUGAGAAGCUCCAAAACAUUCAAACUCAGUUUCUUUACACUUCAAGGCUCUUGCUGAAAAUAGCCCCUGUGAAUUAGACAACAGGGUGUCUUGGUGUUCAGCGGAGUAUAUCUGUGUGUCCAUUAUUUUUAGAGGGUAAAAAUAGCUGACAUUGCUUUCGUUCAUGUAUUUGUCUCAAAAAGUUGCAUCCUUGACGUGCAGAAGUGGCAAAUUGCAGAUAUUUUUUAAAAACAUCUGAUAAUAAGGAUUUAUUCCUUUACUAAUAAUUCAAAUGUGUAGCCACAGAUUCUAAUUCAUCAGUACAAACCUUAAGAUAAACAUAUUAAACAGCAUGACCAUUUGGAUUUGGUUUCUCGCUCUACUAUGCACGCAUGUAUUAGACCGUUGCCUUGUUUUCUUCAUUCUGAUUAAAUUUUUGGUUUAGUUAGAGUUUAAAAACAUUAGACUGGCAACUUUCCAUUUCUGAUGAUUUUGGAAAAGCAUUUGAAUUUUAAGCCUGUUCGUGAUGCUGAUUACAUUACAUUAAACUAAU